AUGUCCGAAAGACUAGAGUUUUAUAAGCUUAUUAACGAUAAAACCAAAGUGCCUCGUCUGACACCAAUACCAAAGCUUGAAUUAACGAAUAAAGAGCACAAAGUGAAUAGCCCACUUCACAAAUUUCGCGCUGGAGCGAAAAAGCUGGUCAAGUCGACUCGACAAUCUGAUUUACAAGCUUGUAGAGCGAUCAAAAUGUCGGAUAAAUGGAAACAAAGCAUUAAUCUUGUGACAAGAGCUUUUUACACCGAGCAACUUAUCAAAUUGGCGCAAACGAUCGGUAAACAAAGUCUUCAGCCAGAAUGGGAAAUGAAUAUUCACAAUUUGAUUCCUGAAAAAUCGAGAAACAACCAUCGAAAAUACUUGGAAGCUCUGAUGAAAGAAGUAAAGCAAGAUUAUCAAGAUACAAUACAACAAUUCAAUAUAAAAAGUAUCGUUAACGCGAGGGAAGAAGAUUCUGAUGCGCAAAUUGUAAUAAAUUAUUCUUUGCCUACAGUGUGCAAUGAACAGUUUCGACAAAAAAGUGAACAAUUUGAAGAACAUCGCACGCGCUUCGAAGAAAGUCUUUUUUUAAGUCAUCGUUUGAUCGGUGUUGUUUUUAAUAAAUAUUACUUCAAUGAAAUUAAUAGAAUGCAAAUGUUCAAUGAUGAGAGUUUGAUCAACUUCAGUAGUUACAGAACAAGUGAACCACUUUUCAUGGCCGAGUUGAUUGCGAAAAUAAAGUGUGACUUAAAACAAAGUUGCAACAUACAUCUGCAAUGUUACAAAAAAAUUAUCGAGAUUAUAAGACGCUACGAGAACGAGCCGAUCAAAUUUAUGAAAAAUAAAAAGCGAUUGAAAAGUGACCUUGAAAUUAUUCAAGAAAUGAAGAUUUUAGAAAUUAACGGAAAACUGCCAAAAAUAUUGCACUGUGCUGAACACUUUAUGAUACGACAAAUUUUAAAAUUUAUAAAAAAUAGUAUCAAUAAUCUUAUUGAAAUGGUCAAAGAUUCGGGAUCUUGUGCACAAUUAAAAAUGCAUCUAAUAUGCAGAAAUAAUACUUUAGUGUUAGAUCCGAGCGUCGAUACAAUAUUUGCAAACUAUCAUGGAAUAGUUGACGAUAUAAUGAAUGUAGUGCAAAUCUUUGUGCAAUUGGGUCAAAUAUCACGAGUGAAAAAGUCCAAUCCGUUCAUGAAAAUCGAGGUACCGGAGUGGUUUUCAGAAAAAGCUCAUCUCGAUUUACAAGAAGUGCUUGAAAGAAGUUUUAAUCCGUUGCUAGAACAUUAUGCAUUUGUUUGUGAACGCUUUAAUGUAUUGUGCUCCGUUGUUACAAAGAAACAAACGCAAAGAUUAAUUGGAAAGAAAAAGAAUUUUGAAGUUUACUGCGCGGAAAUCAAUAAAUUUAACGCUUAUUUAUCAGAAAUAAAUACCAUGGUAGAAAAGGUAUAUUAUAAUUUUGGAGUGCUCAAUCAAACUCCUGCCAUCAAUGAUUUGAAGCGCUGUACUUCUGAAAUUAUAGAUAUGCUUGUUAACGAACUUGUAGAUAAUCAUCAAGAACUGAACUUUUCUAUAUGUACAGCUUUUGAAAACCUUGAAAAUCGAGCUCUUUCAAUACCGGACGAUACAAAAUCAUUAUUUGAACUUACAGACUACGUUUCUUAUGCCUCAAAAGUAUUAGUCAAAAAUUUAGAAAAGAAAAUCCAAAAAUCAGUAUUAAUGUUGACAUCUUUGAUUGACAUUGCUCUACUUUCCGAUGAGCAUAUAGAAUUAAAUAAAUGUACAAUCAAUUGGUUGGAAUUGAUCAAGCCAGUUUUCAGUCAGCACAAUAUUUUUUGUGAAGCGAAAAAAGGAGAAUUAGAAGAUGAACUUCAGAGAAAGAUAAAUGUACUAAAUGCUGAUAUUGAUGCCAUUUUUCCCGAAUUGGUUAUUAUGAAUGAUAUGGACGAUACGAAAAGAGUAUUCGAGUAUCGGGAAUUUCUUGCUGCCAUAUUAACCAAAAUUUAUCAAAUAGACAAUCAAAUAGAAUCUAUAAACUGCGAAGAAAAAUUGUUUAAAUUUCCAGAGACAACGUUUCCCAAAGUCGAUGAGAUUAAAGAAGUGAUGCAUUCAUUUUGCUCUUUGAUUCACGUGAUUUAUCAGUGGCAAAAAGAUUACGAAGUCUGGAUGGAUGGUCCGUUUGAAUAUCUAGAUGCCAAUCUUAUAGAGAUGAAAACGACAGAUUAUUUCACUAAAAUUACAGAAAUGCACAAAACAUACAAAGUAAAAAUAAAGUCAGAUUUGACCUCAAAUAAGCCUUUCAAAUUUUUAGGUACCGUUGAUGAUCCAGAUCCAUUGCAACAACCAGCUCCUUUGAAACUUUGUUGGCAAGCAUUGCGAGAUUUAAAUGAGUUCAAAAGGUAUGUUUCUCUAACUAUAUGUAUGUGUAAUCCUGCUUUAGAAAAACGGCAUUGGGAUGAAAUGUCUUCUAUCGCUGGUAUAAAUUUAUUACCCAAUGCAGGAACUACUUUGAGGAAAAUCAUUGGUUUGGGUUUGUUGAACAACUUUGAAAAAUAUGAAGUCAUAAGUAUAGGAGCCAACAAAGAAUUAGCAUUACAAAAAAAGUUGAACGAUAUGAUCGACGAAUGGAAAAAUAUAAAUCUUUCAAUAUCAAGAGACGAUAUGACAGAGAAAGCUAUUUUUACCGAUGAAAAUGAAAUAGAUAUUCUUCUCGAGGAACAAUUUGUAAAAAUUAUAAAAAUACGAGCAUCGCAUUUUGUUACACCUAUCGAAUCUAAAAUUUUGGAGUUUCAUAAUAAACUUUGUUAUGUUCGCGAAACAAUUGAAUGCUGGAAUUGCAUUCAAAAGCAUUGUGAGAAUAUGAAUUUGUAUUUUUCUAAUGAAACUGUGCAAAUUCACUUGGAAAAAGAAGUGAAUUUGUAUACUUCGUUAGAACAAAUUCUAAAAUCAAUCGAAGAAUCACUUAAUGCAAACCCAACUUUUAAUUAUAUCACUAGAAAUUCGAGUAUUUUAGACAAGUUGAAAAAAGGUAAAUACGCUUUAGAGUUUAUGAGUUCAAAAAUGCAAGAUUAUUUGAAUAAGCUAAGACUUUCAUUUCCUAGGCUAUUUUUUUUAUCGGAUGAUGAAGUUGUACAGCUGUUAUUCGUGUGCCAAAAUAUUACUCAUAGUAAAUUACAUUUGAAAAAGUGUUUUCCUAAUAUAGUACGGGUAAACAUGGGCCAAGAUUUGGACAUUAUUUCGAUUGUAGGUGAUAGUGGUGAAGAAGUGUUGCUAGAAAAAGCUAUUUCGCUAAAGUCAUCGUCAGAAAAUAUAACGGAUUGGCUUGUAAAUGUCAAAACUGAAGUCACGAACGUAAUAAAAAGCAAAUUAAAUAGCUUGCUGCAUAAUUUUACAAAUGAACUAUCAAUUCAAUGGAUAACACAAACUCCUGCCAUGGUUAUUUAUUGUAUUUGGCAAAUUUAUUGGACUACUCAAGUUCACCGAUGUUUUAAUGAAGCAAACAUGGAAAUUUUGAAAGCAAAAUCAAAAAUGUGUAAAAGUAAUGCACAAGAACUUUUAAAAUCUAAUUUGAGUAAAAAAGAUAGAGAAAUUGUUACUUCGUUGAUUAUUCUUUUUAUACAUCAGGAGGAAGUUGCUAGUUUGCUAAUUGAUAAAAAAAUUCACGAUCAAAGUGAUUUUGAUUGGAAAGCUCAAGUACGUUAUUACUAUUGUAAUAUCAGUGACGAAGAUGAAUGCAAUAAUAGCGACGAUGAAAAUGUUGUAAAAGUUGAAAUAAUUAAUAGUCGAAUUAAUUACGCUUAUGAAUAUUAUAGCAGUUGUCAACGUAUAUCAGUUAAUACACCGCUUACUGCAAGAUGUUACAGAAAUUUAAUGGAAGCUUAUCACUAUAACUAUUUCGGCGCUAUAGCAGGUUUUCCAUGCGUUGGAAAAACUGAAACGAUCAUGAAUCUGGCCAGAAUUCUCGCAACACCUUUUUUCAUGUUUAAUGGUGAAGAUCAAUUAAAUUAUAACUAUAUAUCUAAUGUAUUCAGAGGACUUGUUAGUUUUGAAGCCUGGGUGUUUGUAAAAAAUUUUACAAAAAUAGAUGAAGAAAUACUUUCUGUGAUCGCUCAGUAUAUUUUUCGUAUUUCUCAAUUAAAAACCACAAUGGCGGAUACUAUAAAUAUUGAAGGAACUCAACUAACAUUCAAUUUAAAUUGCUACUUAACUUUCAGUAUUAAUCUUUCGUCAUCAAGAUUAUCUCCCGUGCCUGAUAAUUUAAAAAUCCACUUUAGAACAGUAUCUUUCAUGAAUCCUGAUCUCAAAAAAAUUUGCCAAGUUGAAUUAUUUGCUGCAGGUUUUCAAGAUGCAGAAAAUUUAGCAGAUUUAUUGGUCCAAGUGUAUACACUCUGCAGUGAACAGCUUUCUGUCGAAAAAAAAUAUAAUUUCAAACUAAGUAACUUAAAAUCGAUCGUUAAAACGGCCGCCAAGUUAAAGUUUGUUUAUCCAGAAGAAGAAGAAAAAAUUAUCAUUUUAAGAGUGGUGGUUGAUAUAAACAUUUCCCAAUUUAUUGGAGACGAUAUUAUUAUUUUUGAAAGUAUUUUAGAACAAUGUUUUCCAAGCGUCGUGCUACCACCUACAAAUCACGAUCAUCUUUUAGAAGUAGUAAAAAACGUGUGUGCAGCACAGCAGUUAAGUGUGCAUUCAGCAUUAAAAUUAAAAGUGAUUCAACUGUAUGAAAUGAUACAUUUAAAACAAGCAAUAAUUCUUGUAGGAGAAACUUAUAGUGGUAAAUCGACUAUUUUACAUGUUUUAAUGGAAUCAUUAUUGUGCAUGAAUGAGCAAGACAAUCAAAAUAACAAUAAAAUAAACUAUGAGGUAAUUAAUCCAGGUGCUUUAGACAACAAUAGAAUGUAUGGAUUUGUAGAUGAACUCUCCGGUAAAUGGAAUGAUGGAAUAUGUCCAGAUAUUCUUCGACGUUUUAAAGAAAGCGAUGAGCAAAACUGGUUGAUAUUCGAUAGUAAUAUGCAUGUAUCGUGGGUAGAAAAAUUAGAAACCGUUUUGAAUGAAAGUAGGACAUUAUAUUUAACAUCUAGUGAAAAAAUAAUUCUAAGCAGUAGAACAAAAAUAUUUUUUGAAACAGAAAAUUUAGAAGACGUAUCUCCUGUAACAGUAUCGCGAUGUGGAAUAGUUUAUAUGAAUCUACAAAAGUUGGGAUGGAGACCAUUUGUCCUGGCUGAUUUAACAAAUGUUGAAUAUUUUCAAGGCUACCAUCAAAUUAUAUACAAGUUGUUUGACUGGUCAAUAGAUCCAUGCUUAGAAUUUAUGCAGAAAAAUUGUUCAAGUUACUUACGCUUAACCGAUAUGCAUCUUGUAAUUUCUACAUUAUCCUUGUUUAAAAUGUACAUGAAUUACGCUAUUGACGAGCAUAUCGAAAAAAAAGAAAAAGAUAACAAAGAUCAUAUAGCUAUCUGGUCUCAAGCAGCAAUUAUAAUGGCUACACUCUGGACUUUAACGGGAAGUAUGAACUACACUUCGAGAGACAAAUUUGAAGAGUUUUACAUGUCUCUAUGGAGCAAUUCAAAUGAGAAUUUUCCUCGUCCAAAUGAAAUCAAACAAUUUGAAAUUUCAUUACCUAACGAAGGUAAGUUAUAUGAUAAUAUAUACAUAUUCAAAGGAUCAGGCUACUGGAAACAUUGUGGUGAAAUGAUGAAAACGGAAAAAAUCAAAGAAGAGAAUUUAUAUUUUCAAGAAGCUUACAUUCCUACCACAGACAGUGUAAAGCUAACAGCAUUAUUGAAUUUACAUGUGAAGUAUAGAAGACCAUUCCUGCUGAUUGGCAGCAAUUGUUGUGGAAAAACAAGUUUUAUAAAAGAAUUCCUUGCUAAUAUUCCUAGAUCUGAAUAUAUCAGUAACUAUUUUUACUUUAAUUCUAAUGCAACAACGAAUAAUUCACAAAAAAGGAUACUUACAAAACUCAAUAAAAUAAAGCAGUACAAUUAUGGACCUUCAAAAAAUAGACAUUGCAUUAAUUUCAUUGAUGACUUGAAUGUUAUUUUGAGUAAAAGAGGUAUGAAUUCUACGUUGGAAUUGAUAAGACAGCACAUAGAUUAUGGAUUUUGGUACGAUUUGAAGGGUGUAAAUAAAAUUAAUAUAUUAGAUACAAUGUUUGCUGGAAUAUUUAGUACAGAACGAGACUUAACAGAUGUUUGUUCAAGAUUUUCAAGGCAUUUUAAUAUUUUUGCCAUGUAUGAUCAGUCAAAAGAUAACGUGUUUAGAAUAUUCUCCAACACACUUUUAAUUGACUUGAAAAAAAACUCUUUUACAGCAGAUGUUCAAAGCAGUGUAAAUAGCAUAGUAAACGCUUCGGUUGAAAUAUACUUAGCAACUGUACAGAAACUAAAACCAACGCCGUUAAGAGCGCUUUAUCAUUUCAGUUUGCGAGACGUACGACGAAUUAUCAAAGGUUGCAGUCUUAUUCAAAAAGAAUCGGUAGAAACUAAAAUAACUUUUAUUCGUUUAUGGGCACAUGAAACUUAUCGAGUAUUAAGUGAUAGAAUUACAAACGAUGAAGACAAACAGUGGUUCUUUGUAAAAAUGCGUGAAGUGGUGAAAUUAUGCUUCAAAGACCCUUUUGAAUCAGUAUUUGAUCAUUUGCCAAAGUAUGAAAAUGAGUUAACAGUAGAAAGUUUUAAUAACUUAGCAUUUGGUAACUUGAUGGACCAAGAUAGUAGUAAAAGAAAAUAUGAAGAAAUCAGUACAAAUGAAAGUUUCAAGAAUAAGCUUUUACAAUACGUAAAGGAAUACAAUGAAACCAGUAAAUACAAGAUUGAUAUUGUUCUUACAUGUCACGCACUGCAGAAUUUGAUUAAAAUAUGUAGAAUUUUGGCUACACCAGAAGGAACGUUAUUGAUGAUAAGUUCUAACGGAUCUGGUAGAAGGUCGCUCACCCGCUUAGCUGCUUUCAUCGAGCAACAAAAAUUAUGUAACCCGAUUAUAAAUGACUACGCGGCAUGGAAAAAUGACCUCAAGUCUAUAAUGAUUAAUUGUGGAACGAAAAAAAAAGACGUUACAUUUUUCAUGACUGAUCGACAGCUGAAGCCAGAGGUUAUGCAAGAUGUCAAGAAUUUCCUGUCCCACAAUGAAAUACCAGGAUUAUUCGAUAAUGAAGAGCAAAGAAUGAUCAUUAAACAAGUCAGACUUGAUGCACAGAGAGGUAACAGAAAUUUAGAAAUGAAUAUGACAAGUGUGCUCGCUUAUUUUUUGAGUCAAUGUAGACAAAGACUACAUUUUGUUUUAAAUAUAAGUCCUUUUACGAAUACGCUUCAGAAAUAUCUGCAUCGAUAUCCAUUCUUAUUAGAGCAAUGUACCAUCAAUUGGUUUGAUUAUUGGCCAGAAAAAGCAUUGGAACAAGUUGCAUCUCACUACUUGAAAGACGUCAACAUCUUAGAUUCUAUAAAAUGUCAAAUAAUUCUUGCCAGCAAACAUUUUUAUAAUUACGUUAAAGAAAUGAGUUUGCAACAUUAUAUAGAAACAGGAAAGAUGUUUUAUGUAAUGCCAUCUUCGUUUGUUCGAACAGCCAAGUUAUACGCAAGUAUUAUUUCCAAAAAGCAAGAAGAAAUAAAAUCAACUAAAAAGCGAUAUAUAGCUGGCUUAGAAAAAUUAAAAUUGACAGCUGACGAAGUUGCCCAAAUGAAGAAUACUUUAACAAAACUGAGACCACAACUUGAAGCAUCUGCUCGACAAACCGAAGCUACUAUGAAAGAAAUUGAAAAUGAAAACAUAAGCGUAGAAAAAGCUACUGUUCUUGUUAAACGAGACGAAGAAAUAGCAAAUAAGAAAGCUGAAAUUGCCGGUAUUUUGAAAGCUGAGUGUGAAGCUGAGCUCGCCGUUGCUAUUCCAAUUUUAGAAGACGCUCUUGCCGCUUUGAAUACUCUGAAACCAACUGAUAUCACGCUCGUUAAAGCUAUGAAAAAUCCACCAGACACGGUAAAAUUAGUUAUGGCUGCUGUCUGUGUAAUGUUAAGUGUACCUUCUGAGCGAGUUGUAGAUCCAAUAACCGGUCGAAAAAGUAUGGAUUUCUGGGGCCCAAGUAAACGAGUUUUAGGCGACAUGAAUUUCUUGCAAAAUCUAAAAGAUUACGAUAAAGACAAUAUAUCGCCGACAAUUAUUGUGACUAUCAAAAAAACAUACAUGACUGACAAGAACUUUAUGCCACAAAUUGUUGCAAAAGCUUCCAGCGCAGCGGAAGGACUUUGUAAAUGGGUCAGAGCUAUGGUUUCCUAUGAUGAAGUAGCAAAAGUAGUGGCUCCUAAGAAAGAAAAAUUAGCAGCAGCUCAGAAAGAAUGCGAUGAAACCGAAGCGUUUUUGAAUACAAAGCGCAAAACUUUGGCUGAUUUGAAUGCCAAAUUGGCUGCAUUGAGGGGUACAUUGGAGGCGACACUUUUGAAGAAAUUGGAACUGGAACGAGAAGUUGAGAACUGUACUAUAAAACUAAGGAAAGCUGAAAGUCUUAUCGCUAGUUUAGGCGGUGAAAAAACACGCUGGUUUGAUGCAGCAGACAAACUAGGAAAUCAAUACAACAAUUUACCUGGUGAUGUACUUUUAUCUAGUGCCACUGUGACAUAUUUAUCAUCAUUGAGUCUUAUUCAUCGCCAAAGGAAUAUUUCCAAGUGGAAAGGUUAUAUGAUAGAUUUCGACGUUUCAUGUUCCAAAGAUUUCGAUUUUAUACAAUUUAUGGGAGUUGAGAUGACGAUUAACACAUGGCAUCUUUGCGGUCUAUCUAAUAAUAAAUUUUCAUUGCAAAAUGCAAUAAUAAUGGAUACUUCUCCUCUGUGGUGUUUAUUUAUCGACCCACAAACUCAAGCAUUUGAAUGGAUUAAGAAUAUGGAAAAACCAAAUAAUUUACAUGUUCUAGCGAUUACUGAUUCAAAUUACAUUAGUACAAUCCGCAAUUGCAUGGAGAUAGGUGAACCCGUUUUACUAAAAAAUUUGGACAAGCAAUUAGAUAUUUCUCUUGAUCCAAUUUUGAAUCAGGAUAUUUAUCAAUUAUCUGAAUCUUGGUACAUCAAUCUCGGACAAGAUACCAUUACGUAUAAUCCAAAUUUUCGAUUAUAUCUAACAACAAGACAUCAUAAACAUUGUUAUUCGGCAGAUGUGUUUAACAAAGUGACAGUUAUAGACUUUUUACUGCCUAGUGAUGCGCUAAGAGAUCGACUGUUAGAUAUUGUUAUUUUUAGAGAAAGGCCCGAACUUCAAGAGAAAUUUGAAAAAGUUUUAAUGGAAAAUAUUAAUAUUAAGCGAAUUCUGAAACAGCAAGAGGAUAAUAUUCUACAUACGCUUUCUGCAUCGACAACCAAUAUUCUAGAAGACGAAGGGGCAAUAAAAACAUUGGAUAAUUCGAAAAAACUUGCCAUUGACCUGAUGAAGCGGCACACGGCCGCAAAGAAAACGAAAGAAGACAUUGAUCAAUUUCGCGAGACGUAUAGCCCGUUUACAAAAUAUUGCGCUGAUCUCUACAGUACACUAAAUUUAUUACCGAAUUUGAAUCAUAUGUAUCGAUUCUCGUUGUCAUGGUUUACGCAAUUGUACAUCAAAUCAAUCGAAACGUCUCACAGGAGUGUGGUUCAUAAAAAAAGAAUAGACUAUUUAAAAAUGUCUUCUAUUCAAAAUCUUUAUCAAAGCAUUCAAAAUGCUCUUUUUGAAAAACACAAGCUCAUUUAUUCAUUUAUUUUGAGUGCAAAAACCCUUUUGGAUACAGAGAAAAUAACCGAACAGGAAUUCAACAUUUUUAUGAGUAUAGGCGAGAAAAGCUCAACCGAAUUCGAAGUUGAAGCUAAUCCAGCUUCUCCGUGGCUACCAGAAGAAUCGUGGAGAGAAAUUUGUAAAAUCAGUUUAAUUAGCAACUCAAAUUCACUAACAGCAUUUCACGGUCUGACACAUAAUUUUGCAUCCAGUAAUACGAAAUGGAAAAGAAACUACACUUCUAGGAAAACUGAUUGUUCGUUGCCAGCACCCUGGGAUAAUAAGCUGACGUCAUUUCAAAAAUUAAUAUUAAUUCGAAUUUUGUGGCCAGAUAAAAUCAUAUCCAAAGUAACCGAGUUUGUAGAGUCUGUAAUGGGAAGCAAUAAUAAUAUCGCAGUCUGCAAUAUUACUCGACCAUAUCAAGAAUCUACCUGCCUCGUACCUUUGAUAUUUAUCUUACCUAGUUAUUCUUCACCUUUUGCUAUCGUUAACAGGUUCGCUAAAAUUUCAGGAUACUCGACAAAACUACAUUCACUUUCAUUAGGUCCAUUACAAGGACAGAAAGCGGAAUUACUUAUUGAAAUCGCUCGAAAAAAUGGCGAAUGGGUGUUUUUGCACAAUUGCCACUUGGCACUAUCAUGGAUGGCGAAACUUGAAAAGAUAUGCGAGAAUUUUGAUAUAACAAACACAUCGUUAGGCUUUCGACUAUGGAUGACAACGCAGUCGAGUGACGACUUCCCGAUAGGCCUUUUACAGAACAGUAUUAAAAUUGCGUUCGAUUCACCACAAGAUAUUAAGCAAACUUUGACGUGGACAUACAAAUCUGAACCAGUAAAAGACAAAGAAUUUUUCGAAGGGUGUCCUGGAAAAGAUAAAGCAUUUUCACGACUUUUGUACAGCUUUUGCCUCUUUCACACUGUAAUCAGAGAGAGAAAGAAUUUCGGAAUCCAAAGUUGGAACGAUCAUUAUGAUUUCGAUGAAUCGGAUUUACACAUGUCAAUUAUUCAAUUGCAAAAUUGGGUUAACCAAUGUGAAAAAGUUCCUUAUAAAGCUUUAACUUAUGUUUUAAGUGAAUGCAAUUACGGAGCUAAAAUAAUUAAUGUUCAGGAUAAGAUUUUCUUGGAUAGCUUAGUCACAGAAUAUUGUAAUAGCAAAGUAGUGUAUGAUUUGAACUAUGAUUUUGAUACUAUGCAUGCAUAUAAAUUACCCAAGAGAAUUGAAUAUAAAGACUAUAUUAUGCAAAUAAAAAAUAUUCCUAAUGACAUAUUACCAUUUUUCCGUGAUCAAAAUUUAGUGUUAAUUAAAAAUAGUCAUAGAGUUGAGAAUUUUCUGAAUUCACUGUCAUGUUUAAAUGAAACAGCUGUGAUUCAUAAUAUUGAAAUUGAAAGCAAUCAAGUGCAGUCAAUAAUUUUUCAAAUGAUAGAAAAACUACCUAGUGAAUUUAAUGUAGAGGAAGUACAACAUAAGUAUAAAAUAACAAAAUUAGAGCCAUUAAAUUAUGUACUUUUAGAGGAAAUUAAUUAUUAUAAUAAGUAUUUAAGUACAAUAAAAAACUCAUUAGUGAAACUGAAGCGAGCUUAUGAUGGAUAUACACCUUGGACAUUAGAAUUGGAAAACCUAGCGCAAGAGAUUUUUCAGCAACAGGUACCCAGCUCAUGGAGAUUUGAUUUAACUUUUUGCAUUACAAAAUUACCGAAAUUUAUAUUGAAUUUGUUGGAGCGUAUUAAAUUUAUAAGCAGUUGGAUUAUUAACGGCCAUCCGCAGUAUUAUUGGUUCGGGGGACUGAUAUCUUGCAAAAGAUUACUUUCUACUUUGAAAAUGACUUUUGCAAGGAAAAAACAAGUUCCUAUGAAUCAAGUGGCUUUUGAAUUUAGCGUAUUAGACAAAAAAAGCCCCAAUGACAGCCUCGACGUACCUGAUAAUUGUAUAUAUGUGUACGGUCUGUAUUUGGUAGGAGCAAAAUGGAACGACGAAACUAAAUCUCUCAGUAGUUCUGAUACAAACAAUUUUUAUAAUGAAAUGCCUGUUGUAUCUUUUGCAUUAACACUGAAAAAUGUGACAACUAGUUCGUUAUCUUCCAACUCUGCAAUUUAUUAUAAAUGUCCUCUAUAUGUUACGUCAACUUUACACAAUAAUUCAUGUAACUCCGAAACUUUACAAGAUAAUUAUAUCCUAUCAGUAGAUUUAAGAACGGAUAUCAAUCCAAGAAUAUGGAUUAAACGUGGUACAGCAUUAUAUUGUCAAGUAGAAUAA